AUGAAAGAUCUACUAUCAAGAAAGCGUAAGUUGCAGGAAUGUGAGACAGUAACUCUGACAGAGGAAUGCAACGCCAUUAUCCAAAAGAAGUUACCUACCAAGCUCAAGGAUCGAGGGAGCUUCAGCAUUCCAUGCACCAUAGGCAAGGUUAAAGUAGAUAAUGUACUAUGUGAUCUUGGUGCCAGUAUUAAUGUCAUGCCACUAUCUAUGAUGAAGAAGCUGGAGAUCACUGAAGUAAAGCCAACCAAGACAAUCUUGCAACUUGCUGAUCGCUCAACGAAGCAAGCUUAUGGCAUCAUUGAGGAUAUACUAGUAAAGGUUGACAAGUUCAUCAUUCCUGUUGAUUUUGUCAUCCUUGACAUUGAGGAAGAUGCCAUAAUUCCAAUGAUCUUCGGAAGACCCUUCUUGGCAACCUCAGGAGCGCUGAUUGAUGUACCGAAAGACGAGUUGAUCUUACGGGUAGACGGGGAGAAAGAAAUUUUCAAGUUCUUUGACAAAGAAGUCUCCUCACCUAUAGCUCAACCGGAAGAUUAA